AUGAAAUUUAAAUUAGCUAAUUCUAUAGAUUUAAAUUUUUUAAAUCAAAAGAAAUCCUCAAAUGUUGAAGAAGAAGAGAGCAUUUAUCAAGGUUCAAGCUCAAAUAGUUCGAGUCAAAUAUAGAAAAAGUCUCUAAUUAAAAAUCCUUAAAUUUAGAAUACAUCUUUAAAUAAAAAUUAAGAUAUGAAAUCAGCAACUUAUGGAGUUGUUCCAGCUAAUUAUUUUUAACAAAAAAAAUAAUAACUAGAUUUCAAUACUUAAAUUUUAAAAUAAAUUCCUGACUAGAAGAUUUUUUUUUUAGCAGGAGAUAUUAUCGUUGAAUUAAAAGGAGCUGAUCAACUAGAAAGAUGCUGGACAUAUUCAUAAUAUAGAAAUAUAGUGUAUAUGGAGAAAUAUUCCAAAGGAAUAUCAUUAGAAUUAGAAAGCGUUUAUCCUUAAAAAGACUUAGCAUAUAUAAUAUAAUGCUUGGAAAGCUUGUAAGACAAAGAUAGCUAUGAAUUCUCAGAAUAUUUAAAAAUACAUCAAAGAAUCAUUCAUAUGAUAAACUGUUAAAUGUUAGAAAUAUAGAAGUUCUACUCGAAUGGAGCAGAUGAUAUGCAAAUUUUAUUUAAUAAAAGAUCUGCUUACAGAAAUGCAUAGAGAAAAUAAAUAAUUAGUUAGCGUUGCAGCGAUAAUUAAUUCUAAAUGCUUGUGUCUAUCAGUCUUUCUUUUUAAAAUUCAACAAGCACAGCAUCAAAUAUUUUUAUGACGCACCCACUCAUUUCUAUUUUAGGAAUAGAAAGUGAGACUUCAACUUCUCUUAAUUAUUUAAAAUUCGCAAUAACUAAAGUUUUUAAUAAUAACUCAACAAAGCAAGUUAUGUUUUCAAGUUAAAAGGCUCACUCAUAAAAUAAAGCAGCAUUUGUAGUAAAAAUAGAAAAUUUUGAGAUUGAAUCUUUUGAUGAAAUUAAAAUAAUAUGCAAUAAAACAGUAGAAGCUAUUCCACUUAUUUAUCCUAGUGAACUAUAGUUUCCUAUUUUUACACAUUUAAAUAAUAGAGAGAUGUUUCUUCUAGUUAAUUAUCAUAUCGAUUUGUAAAAUAUUUAAAAUGUAAUGCAAAUCAGAAGGAGCUAAGUAUUUAAAUCACCUCAAUAAUAAAUAUUUCCUUAAAAUUAUUAGUACUAGAAUUUUAUAGAUUAUGAAUCAUUUAAUAAUACAAACUAAAAUUUGAAAUUUUUAGAGGCUUACUAUCAAUAGGAAUUAUUUAAUUUGUUAAAUUGA